UGUUUGAUGUCAGCGAGUAAUCGUCCCCAGCGGAGAACUUUUUGUAGGCGGAUUAUAAAAAUCAUAGUAGCGAAAAUGAGGAAGAAAAAAUGUUGAUAUUUUUGUUUUGUUGUUAAAAGUUAGUUGUUAUACAAUUUGUUCGUAGUUCAAGUGCUUUUAACUAAAAUAAUUUUAAUUAGUGUAUUCGGUGCGCACAAUCGCGUAGUGCGUGGUUGUAAUAAAAUGGUACAGAUUUGUAUGUUGGAAAUUGAGUUCCCGUUGUUGAUAUCGCAAAUCCAAUAUCUAAAACAUGCUUAUUUGAUGCAAUAGUGAAAAUGGAAAAAAAACAGCUUUGGUCCAGUUAAUAUUGUUAUGGAAGCUGUUCAACAAACAGUUAUUCAUUUGGACCGUCCUGCCAUGCCUUCACAAGCACAAAUGGCUUAUCCUCAAAGAAAUUCUCAAAUUCAUGGAAGAAAUGUUAACCAUGGUGCAGCUCAAGUAUCAGGUGAAAAUAGUCCAUUUAAGACAUCUUCAUCUGGUGCUGGUCCAGUGCACAAUAGUUAUGUUGGAUAUCCUGCUAAUGUACGAUACGUUUCUCAACCUAUGUACAUGCCUGCUACAACAACAGUUUCAAAUGCUUACAGGGAUGUUCCAUAUCAUUCAAGAGGAUUAAAUAUAUCUGAUAGAGGUGUUACAAUUGGUGUUCCAUUUGAGCUAUCAAGAAGUGAUAUGAUGCCAGUAGUUGGAAGACAAAAUCGUAUAUCAUUGCUAUCAGCUACUAGUGAUUACUAUCAACGAAGUCGUUUGCAAUUGGAACAUUAUAGAGAUGAAUCCUUAAACCAUAAUUCACAUAAUACAGUCUCUAUGAGUUUUAUGAGAGAAAGGCCAGAUCAUGGACCUCCACCACCUUUGAAAAAACCUAAGUUGCUUCAUCCAAUAUCACCACAGCAACCCCUUAAAAUAGAAAUAGCUGAACCCCCCUCUACAAGUGCAUAUAAUCCUCAAGUAGAAGCAAUUUCACCUACCAUUGAUGAACCUGCCCCUGAAUAUAAAAAAAUUAAUGAUAUUGCUCCAAAGUUGAGUAAAAUUGAAAAUGAUAUUAAUCAUAUUACUCGGGAGAUUGAAGAUUUGAUAAAACUUAAAGAGAAUUAUGAACAAAAAGAAUUAAAUCCAGAUAUAACUAAAAUUGAGCCUGAAGAAAAUACAAUAAAUAAGUAUGAAGAAGAAGAUAAUGCUAUGGAUCAUUUGACUCCUGUUCAAAAAAUUUAUGCUUCAAAUAGAAAAAAAGCACAUGAAUCUCGAACAAGUUUAGAAAAAUUUGCAAAUAAAACUGAUCUUCCCUUAUAUAAUCAACCUUCAGAUGCAGAUAUUUAUCAUGAAAACCGUAGAAAGUAUGCAGUAUUUAAAUCACGAUUAUUAGAGCAUUUAAGAAAGAAAAAAAUGGAACAACAACAAAAGAAAACUGAAAUUACUGAAACUUAUUCUAAACUUUAUAAAGAAUGGAUCCGUAGAGUAGAAAAAAUUGAAAGUUCUCAAAAGAAAAAAUCUAAAGAAGCUAAACACAGAGAACUAUUUGAAAAAGUUUUCCCUGAGUUGAGGAAACAACGAGAAGAUAAAGAGAGAUUUAAUAGAGUAGGAGCUCGAAUUAAAAGUGAAGCAGAUUUAGAAGAAAUUAUGGAUGGGUUACAAGAACAAGAGAUGGAAGAUAAAAAGAUGAGAUCAUAUGCUGUUAUACCACCAUUAAUGUUGGAACCCAAUGAACGUCAUUUAACAUACCUAAAUAACAAUGGACUUGUAUUGGAUUAUAAAACAGAAUAUAAUGAAAAGAAAUAUGUUAAUAUUUGGACACAACAAGAAAAAGAUGUAUUUAAAGAUCGUUUUAUUGCUCAUCCUAAAAAUUUUGGUGCGAUUGCAUCUUAUUUGGAUAAAAAAUGCCCAGCGGAUUGUGUUAAAUAUUACUAUCUAAGUAAACCCAAAGAAGAAUAUAAAAGACUUCUACGUAAAGCAAAAUGGCAAGCUCGACGUCGUACUGCUCAAAGUAGAACUCCUGCUUCUAGCUCCUUAAAUUCAUUAGAUAUACUUAAUUCAACAUCAAUUGGUGUAACUACAAGGCUUCAAAGGGAGCGUCAGGGAAGUGAAGCUGCAUCCUCUAAUGUAACUAAUACAUCUGUUGCUCAAAAUCAUUUGCCUGAUGCUGAAGAAACUGCUACAUCUAUUAAAACUCCUAUUGCUAAUGAACAAGAUUCUAACAGUGUAAUUGAUAAUCAAAUUGCACAAAAUAUCAAAGGGGAAUUAAAUGAUAGUGUAUCUAAUCAUACAAAGUCACCUGUGCCUUCUCAUUCUAAUGAAAUAAAAGUUGAAUCUAAGAAAAAAGAAAGACGAAAAGAUGAUAAACAAAAGGAAAAUACCAGUACAACUGAUGAUGAAUUAAUGGAUUCCAGGCAUGAAAAUGGAAAUAAAGUAGAUGUUCCAAAAGGAAUAUGUGCUGUUUGUAAAGCAGAGAAUGUAGCAUGUCCUAGAACUUUAAAUCCUUCAGAUGCAUCCCAGUAUGGUGUUAAACCUGAAGAUAUCAAACCUGGGUCAAGAGUUUGCAAUACAUGUCGAUGUAAAGUUGUACGAUCACAAAAUCGCCGUGUUAUUUAUUGUCCUUUACCAUCUUGUCCGACUGUUCAAUCGAAUACAAGAAGACCUGUUAAAAGAUUACGUCCUCUACCAGCUAAAUGGAGUACUGCUCAAGAUAUAAUCGCCUCUGAAUUUCAAAUUAGCCAAAGUACCACAAAAUGUUGCUCUGCUUGUUUUAAUCGCAUUCAAAGACGUUUAAUGGCACUUGGUGUUGUUGGAACCACAAAUAAUAUUAAUACUGAUUCUCUUGAUGGAUGGACUGAUGAAGAAACCAAUGCGUUAAAAAAAGGAAUACGGGAACAUGGAACACGUUGGAGUGAAAUUAGCAAAUUAGUUGGCCCAAAUAAAAGUCAUUAUCAUUGCAAAGAGUUUUACUUCAGUUUCAGAAAGAAGUUAGGCUUAGACCUAUUAGUUCAAGAAUACAAAAAAGCAAAUGGAAGUGAACAAAAACCAGCUUUAACAGAUGAAGAAGAAUCAGGUUCAAGUACUUCAAGCUGUGAUGAAACAAAUCUUGUAUUGUGUGAUAGUGACACCCAGAGUGCACCGUCACCAACUAAUACUUUACCUCAAUCUUCUCCCAACCGAGAAACAAAUAGUCCAAGUCAAAUUAAGUUAACCUCUAAAGAAACACAAAAUGAUACCGAGUUAAACAAUCGUUCUCUUGUUGGAAAAGAAGAUUAUGAUAGUUCUGCUACAGAGACAGCUGAUGAAGGAACUGGGGGAACUGCUGAAAAUGAAUCAAGCGUUUUACAGCAUAAUUCCAUUAAUGAAUUAGAAAAAAAAGAUAAAAAUGUAACUGACAUCAGUGUUUCUGAUAUACUUUCUGAUGUAAUAGAAAAACAAUUUACAAAAGAACAUGUAUCUAAUCGUGAAAAAGAAAAUGGAUCUAUGCCAACUAUAUCAUCUAUUCUUUUGGAUCCAGAAUAUCCUAUCAAAGAUCGUAAUACAGGAUCUAAUAAUAUUGAAAUUAAACAAUCAAUGGCCACAAUAUCAGUUGUUCCAUCACCUAGAGAACAUCAUCAUAAUAAAGAUAGCUUAGUUGUUUUACAAGUUCAGUCUUCCAAAGCCCCUGAUAUAAGAGUGCCUGAAGGUGUAACUCUUGACUUAAGUAUUAAAAAGUCAAGAGAAGAAGAUUCUUAUGCUGAUCCACUUCCAAUUAAACAUGCACAACCACCACCUCCUCCAGGCACCAUGUAUAGACCACCACCUACUCAGAUACAUGAAACUAACAAUUUUUAUUCCCCUCAGUAUGCUGAAUUGGGAAGAAGUGGAAAGCAAGGUGAAAUAUAUUGGACAAAAAUAUCACCAUCCAACAAUCAUGUAAUGGUACACCCAUCACAGUCAGUUCCUCAUGUAACUGUAAAACAAACAUCUCAAAUUAAAUUGCCUAAUAAGGUAACAUCUCCACAGCUUACUAUUGCCAAUGUUGUAUCAUCAAAAUUAUCCCCUAAUAUGUUGAAUAGUUCAAAAACAAGUGGAUCUAUUAUGCAUGGUACUCCUGUUUCUGCUGCAACUUUGUAUAUUCCUCCACAAUCUAACCGUUAUUCUCAAUCUUCCCAAUCAUCUGGAGGUUCUAUUACUCAAGGAACUCCAGUUCAUCAACGUAUGUUGCAUAACUCCAGUCAAAAUAUCAAUCCAGAUUAUUAUCAAAAACGCAGUUCCCAAUAUCAAUCAAGACAACCACAUUUUAGUGAACAAAGACAAAUUAUUAUGAAUGACUAUAUAACAUCACAACAAAUGCAUUCAAAUGUAACAGCUCAGUUUCCUCGAGCUCAAAAGCCUCCUGUUACGAGUUCAUUGUACUAUCAACCAACACGUCAAGGAGUUAUACAGCGACAUAAUACUGCACCAAAAGUAACAUCUCCUCAAAGUUAUCCACCUGGACACGAAGCAUUAGGAUCUCUUGUUGAUGUAGCAAUUAGACAACCUAGUCUACCGGUACCUUUAACUCAUUCAGAUGAUAGGCAUAGAGAGCCAGAACGUUUUGUAAGAGGAUCUCCAGUUCCAAAAAUAUAUAGAGAACAACGUCAUGAGCAAAUACAACGUGAACGAGAAAUAGUUGCUCAAAGGGAACGUGAAAUGCAAGCAGUUGCUCAAAUUCGAGAACAGCAACAAAGAGAACAGUAUUUACGAGAAAAACAAAUGAUGCAUCAUAGACUAACACCAGAACAACAUUCAAGAAUGGUAGCUUCUUUUCAACAACAGCAGCGACAGCAGGAACCUAGAGAACAACCUAGAGUCAUGCAAAUACCAUCUACUGUAUCUUCUUUUCAACAAUCUAGAUCAAAUACACCAGUUUCUAGAAAUCAAGAACCUCCUUCCAAUAUACAAAAUAGAGAUAAUGGUGCUGCUAGUGGUAGAUUAUCAAGACAAGGUAUGGAACAUGCGUUGACUGCAGCUAAUCUAAUUGAUGCUAUUAUUACACAUCAAAUUAAUCAGAGUAAUGAUGGAACUGGCCAUCCUUCAAAUGCUGUACCUACAAGUAAUCAUACACAUAUACAACAGCCAAGAGCUGGUGAUAAACUAUUUCAAGCAUUUCCUGAGGCAAAUGAAAAAUCAGCUGUUAAGACUAGAUCUAGUCCCGAGAUAACCAACCGCCAAGGUGAACCAUACCAAUCAGAACAUAAUUUUAAAGAAUAUCCAUCUUAUAUGUUAGCUACGGGGUUUGAACCUCAUACAUGGAAACUGCGCCGUGCUCUUCAGCAAAAAGAAUGUGAACAACAGUUAAAAGAUGAUAAUAAUCGUGUACGUUUUUAUCCAACUCAAGCAGACAUACCAUUGUCACCACUUGAUUAUGUUAAAAAUAGAAUAGCUGAAGUAAUGCGUACAUCUGAUGAUGACAACAAAAAUGAACAAGCAUAUACCUAUCCAUUUUCAGCUGCCAUCAAUAUGUCUUCAUCUAGUGUUACCAAAAAUAAUGAGACAUCGGAUACAAAUAUUGGUGGCGGUAGUGGAAAUAGUGGCUCAUUACUGUCCAACCAGUAUGAACCAAUGUCAGAUGAAGACUAAUAUCUCUUCCACAAAACAGGUUUCAAUAAUAUUACCUGACUGUCAGAAUUAUUCAAAUGAUAUUGUGGUAUUUCUUUUUAACUUCAGUGAAUCUACCCAUUUGUGUCUAAUAUGUAAAGUAUAAUGUAUGAUAUAUAUUGUUAUAAUUAUUAUUAUUAAAUAAUAAAUGAGUAUGUUUAAGAUGUAAAUUCCCUCCAAUAUUUGUUUGUAAGCAUGUAUAUAUAAGAUUAAUAAAUAUAUUACUUUUGUAAUAAUUUUAUUUAUUUUUUAAUAUAUUCUUUUUUAUUGUUGGACAUUAGUAUUUAAUGGUAAUUGUAUAAAAAUUGCAAUAUUUUUAGUCUUGUAUUAACAAUAUUUGUACCGUGUAAAUUUAUUAAUUAUGUAAAUUUAAGGACAUUUUAAAUUUAAAUACCUAACAGUUGUGAUAAAUAUAUUGACCUAUUUGUAGGUAUUUGUUAUCCGAAUAAAUAAUAAAUGUGAUGCAACGUA